ACACGUACAGUACGUCAGUCUGCGGCGUUGGAUCAGCUGACGACUCCGGGGCUUGUAGAGGGCAAAACUGCAACAAGCUCAAGCUGAGAAUAACAAGCUCUUUUAUUAUUUAGAAAAUAAUAAUAAUAAUAAUAAUUCCUGCCACAGGGAGAAUGUGUCAUUGAAUAUAUUCAAGGUUUGCAAGAGAACAUGUCAGGAAACAGUCUGGUGUUACCCAUAGUGCUGUGGGGCCGCCAUGCUCCCACGCACUGCAUCUCCAGCCUGCUGGUGAUGGACGACCUGGCCACCAUCAUCAGCGGUUGCCAUGAUGGUCAGAUCUGCAUCUGGGACUUGACCCCUGACCUUGAGAUUAACCCGCGCGCUCUGCUGUUCGGACACAGCACCGCCGUCACCUGUCUGUCCAAGGCCAGUGCGAGCAGUGACAAACAGUACAUGGUCAGCGCCUCCGAGAGCGGGGAGAUGUGUCUGUGGGAUGUGAGUGAUGGUCGCUGUAUUGAGUUCACUAAGCUGGCCUGUGCUCACACGGGCAUACAGUUUUAUCAGUUCACCAUUGGGACCCAGCGUGAGGGUCGUCUUCUGUGCCACGGUCACUACCCAGAGAUCCUCGUGGUGGAUGCCACCAGUCUGGAGGUCCUUUACUCUCUGGUGUCCAAAAUAUCUCCUGACUGGAUCAGCUCCAUGAGCAUCAUCCGCUCCCAUCGCACCCAAGAAGACACGGUGGUAGCAGUCUCUGUGACUGGAAUUCUGAAAGUGUGGAUCAUCACAGCAGAAGUGAGCCGAAUGCAGGACCUGGACCCCGUUUUUGAGGAGGAGUCCAAGCCGAUCUACUGCCAGAAUUGUCAGAGUAUUUCCUUCUGCACCUUCACGCAGCUGUCUCUGCUCGUCGUCUGCUCCAAAUACUGGCGGGUGUUUGACGCAGGAGAUUUCUCGCUCCUGUGCUCCGUGCCCAGUGAGAAUGAUCAGGCGUGGACAGGAGGAGAGUUCAUCGCUGCUGAUAAAGUUAUAAUCUGGACCGAGGACGGCUGCAGCUACAUCUACAAACUUCCGGCCAGCUGUCUUCCAGCCAGUGAGCACUUCCGCAGUGAUGUAGGGAAAACUGCAGAAGGUUCCAUCCCUCCUCUGGUGUACAGCAUCGCGGACCGAGCAGACAAACAGCUACUGAUCUGUCCUCCGGUGACACGGUUCUUUUACGGACGCAGAGAGCCGUUCCAUAAGCUGCUGGUUCAGGGCGACUCGGCAGGCAGGCUGACCCUGUGGAGCAUCCCGGACACUUCACCACUGCAGCCGCUGUCUUCGGCCGCAGAGCUGCAGGUUUCCUCCACUAUCAGCCUGCAGGAGGCGUUCGAUAAGCUCACUCCGCUCCCAGCGGGCAUCAUCGACCAGCUGAGCGUGCUCCCAGGCUCGGAGGAACCCAUAAAGGUGACGGCGAGCGUGUACAUCCCGUCACAGGGCCGCCUGGUGUGUGGCAGGGAAGAUGGCAGCAUCAUCCUGGUGCCUGCCACGCAGACCGCCAUCGUCCAGCUGCUGCAGGGAGAACACAUGCUGCGCAGAGGCUGGCCUCCUCACCGCACCCUGAGAGGACACAGGAAUAAGGUCACGUGUCUGCUGUACCCUCACCAGGUGUCCCCGCGUUACGACCAGCGCUCUCUGGUGUCGGGCGGUGUGGAUUUCUCAGUCAUCGUGUGGGACAUCUUCACAGGCGAGAUGAAGCACAUCUUCUGUGUGCACGGAGGAGAGAUCACCCAGCUCCUCGUCCCACCAGAGAACUGCAGCACACGGGUUCAGCACUGCGUGUGCUCUGUAGCGAGCGAUCACUCCGUGGGAUUGCUGAGUCUCCGAGAGAGGAAGUGCAUCAUGCUGGCCUCGCGCCACCUCUUCCCCAUCCAGGUUAUAAAAUGGCGCCCGUGUGACGAUUACCUGGUGGUGGGCUGCUCUGAUGGCUCUGUAUACGUCUGGCAGAUGGACACAGGAGCGUUGGACCGGUGUGUGAUGGGGAUAACAGCGGUGGAGAUAUUAAACGCGUGUGACGAGGCUGUUCCAGCGUCUGUAGACGGUCUGAAUCACUCGGCGGUGAAUCUGAAGCAGGCCAUGACACGCCGCAGCCUGGCAGCACUGAAGAACAUGGCACAGCACAAACUCCACACACUCGCCACCAACCUGCUCGCUGCAGACAACGCAGACAAGGGCAACCUGCCUAAAUACUCGCACAACGCGCUAGUGGUGCAGGCGAUGAAGACCAACAUGACGGACCCGGACAUGCACGUCCUGUUUUUCGACGUGGAAGCCGUGAUCAUCCAGUUGCUCACCGAGGAGGCACAGCGCCCAAAUCCCACACUGGUGUCCCCGGAAACGCUUCAGAAAGCCCCAGGAGGUGCCGACAAGGGCGGGUCCUUCCUGGCCAACAAGAUCUUCAAGCAGGUGAAAGAAACCAUCAAAGAGAACAUCAAGGAGCACCUGCUGGACGAGGACGAGGAUGAGGAGGAAGAGGCCCGUCGCCGUGAGGAGAAAUCCAAAUCCCUCAGCCUGCUGGAGUACAACCUGACCAUGGACACGGCCAAGCUCUUCAUGUCCUGCCUGCACGCUUGGGGCCUGAACAGCAUGCUGGACGAGGUGUGCGUGAGCCGACUGGGCAUGCUCAGACCGCACACGCCCAUCUCCUUCGGCCUGAUCUCGCGCGGCGGCCACAUGUCCCUCAUGCUGCCCACCUUUAAGGACUCGUUGUUGAGGCAGCUAGCGAGGGGCAUCGUCGGUCCCGAGGGCAGGAAGCUCUCCGUUUCCGAGGUGGUAGGCAAGGGCACGUACGGCGUGUCACGUGCCGUCACGACCCAGCACCUGCUCUCUGUCAUCUCACUGGCUAACACACUCAUGGGCAUGACCAACGCCACGUUCGUGGGCGAGCACAUGAAGAAAGCGCCAGCCAGGCCUCCAAGACCCGGUGCCCCAGAGAGCCCCAAAAAGACGCCCCCCCAGGUCUCCACCCCGGCAAUGCAGUCCCAGAUCAAACAAGGUUGGAGUCAGCUGGCUGCGAUGCACUGUGUGAUGCUGCCUGAUCUGCUGGGGCUUGAUAAGUUCAGACCUCCCCUGUUGGAGAUGCUCGCUCGCAGGUGGCAGGAUCGCUGCUUGGAGGUGAGGGAAGCGGCCCAGGCCCUGCUGUUAGCAGAGCUGCGCAGGAUUGGUCAGUCCGGCAGGAAAGACACCAUCGACAUGUGGGCUCCGUAUCUGCCUCAGUAUGUGGAUUCUGUCAGUUCACCUGGAACCGCUCCAGAGACAGCCCAGCCAACUCCUCCCCCAGCUGAAGCCCCGCCCACUGAACCCAAAGCUCCAGAGGAAGAGAUGGACGUCACUGACGAUGACAUCACUGCAGGAUGUCUGAGUAAUCUCCCUCCUAGCCUCAAGAAGAUCUCUAACUCGUACGAGGAGAGAAGGAAGCAGGCGACGGCCAUCGUGCUGCUCGGUGUGAUCGGGGCAGAGUUCGGAGCAGAGAUCGAGCCGCCCAGGCUGCCUUCCCGCCCCAGAACCAGCGGCCAGGCUCCCGACGGCUUCGGACUCACCACCGUAGGCUCCAACUACUCACUGGCACGCCACACCUGUAAGGCGUUGACGUUCCUCCUCCUCCAGCCCCCGAGCCCCAAACUCCCCGCCCACAGCACCAUCCGCCGCACAGCCAUUGAUCUGAUUGGCCGAGGCUUCACCGUGUGGGAGCCGUACAUGGACGUGUCGGCCGUGCUCAUGGGCCUGCUGGAGCUGUGCGCCGACGCCGAGAAACAGCUGGCUAACAUUACAAUGGGUCUUCCCCUGAACCCGGCGGCUGACUCUGCCCGCUCUGCUCGCCACGCUCUCUCUCUGAUCGCUACGGCACGACCGCCUGCCUUCAUCACCACCAUCGCCAAAGAGGUGCACAGACACACAGCGAUGCAGUCUCAGGGAUCACAGUCUCAGCAGAACGUUCACACCACCGCUCUAGCUCGGGCCAAAGCCGAGAUCUUGAGAGUCAUCGAGAUCCUCGUUGAAAAAAUGCCCUCAGAUGUCGUGGACCUGCUGGUGGAGGUGAUGGACAUUAUUAUGUACUGCAUCGAGGGCUCUCUGGUCAAGAAGAAAGGUCUCUCUGAGUGCUUCCCUGCAAUCUGCAAGUUCUACAUGGUGGCAUAUUGUGAUCGGAGUUACCGUGUGGCUGUUGGUGCUCGCCAGGGUUCUGUUGCUCUUUAUGAUGUUCGCACGGGCAAGUGCCAGCAUAUCCACGGUCAUAAAGGCCCCAUCACGGCCGUGUCCUUCGCUCCAGACGGACGCUACCUGGCCACAUACUCCAACGCAGACAGCCACAUUUCCUUCUGGCAGAUGAACACAUCACUCUUGGGCAGUAUAGGAAUGCUAAACUCCGCCCCUCAGCUGCGCUGCAUUAAGACCUACCAGGUGCCCCCGGUGCAGCCGGCGUCUCCUGGCUCUCAGAACUCGCUCAAACUGGCUCGCCUCAUCUGGACCUCCAACCGCAACGUCAUCCUGAUGGCCCACGACGGCAAAGAGCACCGCUUCAUGGUGUGAGGAAACUCACUCCAGCACCAAGCUCAGGCUCUCAUCGAGAACUUCAGGACCAUGUACCUCCGAGCAGAACGGAACCCAGGCCACGUCCGGGAGGAGACACUUUAUUCGACACUUUGUGUGUUUACAUCUCUGUUUUUUCCAUUCCACUUUUUAUUUAAACCACUCUUUAAAUGUAUUUGUGUGUCUGGUAGUUUGAUUGAGGAUGAAGGAUUUCGAACAAUCGUCGUCGUUGUCUCAAGUUGUGAGGGGGUCAAAGGUCAACAGGGGACUUCUUAAGAUAUGGAAGGAUUUGAUGGGAGUUUUAAUUUCAUUUGCACAUAGCAAAAGAGAACCAGAUGUGUUUCUGGCACAUAACCUAAUCUCCCUGGGGCCCCUGUGCUCCUCCUUCUGCCUAACCCUAGUAACCCUGUGAUCUGUGUGUGAUCUCCGAAAUUGUUCCUGCAUGAGGUACUGAAACUUUUUUCACAUUUCAACCAGACCAAAAUGGACCAGAGCCACUUCCUGCAUAGGUGUAGUUUAAAAAAAAUAUCGGGCUACUUCCUGCUUUGGCGUAGUGAACAAUCUGGACACUUCCUGUUGUGCAGUUUCCCGGUAGCAUGACGAGCCUCAUUUUUACCACAUUGCUACUGGAACAUUAGUGAUAACAGGAACUUACUUGUUUUGUGGAUGUUCCACAACAUUAAACGUAAGUAUAAACGGAUAAAAUGUACGUCAUUCAUUAAUAAAUAAGAAAUCGUAAUCUUUGGCAUAUUGCUGCAGUAUAAGAGGAAUAAACACUUCGGGACGUGCUGUUAAAGGAAAAUGAUCAACUCUGGUAAAACUACUUCCUCUUUGGCCCUAGACAAUUAAUAUACCCACUUCAUACUUUAGCAUAGUCGGCAGAUCUGGCCACUUCAUACUUUUGCAUGGUUGACAGAUCUGGCCACUUCCUGUUUUAGCGUAGUCGACAGAUCUGGGCACUUCCUGUUUUAGCAUAGUCGACAGAUCUGGGCACUUCCUGUUUUGGCGUAGUUGACAGAUCUUACCAUUUGUUGUUUGUCGUCAAACCCAACCCCCUCGAUUUACCUUUGUAAAUAAACCCCGCCCCUUUCCAUGCCAUGUAGAAGUGGCCUUGAGUCCUGGUCUGACUUAUCACUGAAAGUGUGUAGUGUAUGAACAUAAUCAUAUCACAUGUUGUUGAUUCAUACAUAUCGCAUCACCGGGAAGACGCCUGAACGUAACGUGUUGUGUUUUUGUUUAAAAAAAAAAAAAGUUUAAAAGAAGUGUUUUAUUAUUUUUGUUUUGUUUCGUCUCGUCUGGCCGUGAGUUGUUUUUGUGUUAUUGUGGAAUAUUUGCUAACGUGUUGUUGAGACGCUGUAUUGCUAUUUAUCAAAGUAACUUUUCUUAUCUGGGCUUUCUAGUUAGCGUGUGUUGCUAAUGCUGACACACUCACACACACACACACUCACACACACUUGUAUACUGUGUGCUGUAGAUAUUAGCUCAGAAUAAAUGAAGGUACAAAAGACUAUUUUCGACAAAUGUUUGUGUGUGUAUUUGCAGUGAGAAAGUGUGUGUGUGUGUGUGUGUGUGUUGACUGAAUGAUGAAGGUAGUUGUGUUCCAUUCUGAAGGCAGAAAUCAUAAGAUCUGAUGAUACCUGUUGCACUUUAACAAAAAAAAAAACCAACUCUGCAUUUGGAUGCCAGACUUUUCAAUUUUAGCACGGACAUUUUGUUUAUUUGACUUUGACCCAAGGAUGAACGCUGAAACUGCGGUUCUUGAAAAUUUCCAGACAAUUUCCUAAAUUUCAACCUGACUAGAUAACGGUUUUCUCAAAAAACGUAACUAGCUAGCUAACUAAAGCUAACUAACAAGUUGCGUGGGUUACGCAAUCUACGCAAGAUACAAAGUGAUGUUUUGUUGCAGAUGGAAAUCGAACAUUGUAAAAUAAUGAUUUGGUCGUGAGUUACGAGCCCGUGAUCCCGGUGUCUGAUUUUAGUGCCGCUUCGGUUAAAGACGGUCAGUGACGCUUGUCUAAAAUCCACCAAUAGGACGACGGCAAAAUUCAUGAAACGGCUACAAAUACGGUAGUAGCGAUUGCGAAACGUAAAUGUAAGCAUGCUAAUGGACAGAAGAAUCAUCCUGUUACCUCAAGCUCGCUUUGAAGAAAGAACAACGUCAUGUUCUUUAAUCACAGGUCUAUCCUCAGAGGAUCUUAAUUCAUGAUCUAAAUCUGACAUGUAGAACACGCGUUAUUGCGCUGUGGAAAAGCGUGACGAGUAAUAAUCUUAAAAUGUUUUUUUAAGUGCUGAAAGUUACUAAAAACUAGCUAGUUCAUUUUCCCUGCUAGCUACAAAACCAGGAGUUCAUUCAUGUUUAUAAACAGAGCGAUGUUCUGCUUUCUGACUGGAACACAACAACUGGCUCAAUACAAUCGCUCUCUUUGUCUCUCUCUCUCUCUCUGUCUCUCUCACUCUGUCUCUCUUUCUGUCUCUCUCUCUGUUUCUCUCUCUCUGUUUCUCUCUUUCUCUCUCUGUCUCUCUCUCUGUCUCUCUCUCUCUCUGUUUCUCUCUUUCUGUCUCUCUCUGUCUCUCUCUCGCUCUCUCUCUCUCUCUCUCUCUCUGUCUCUCUCUGUCUCUAUCUCUGUCUCUCUCUCUCUCUCUCUCUCUGUCUCCCUCUCUGUCUGUCUCUCUCUGUCUCUCUCUUAUUCCAGCCUCUUAACAUGCUCCCACAUUCAUGAGAACGUUUUCUACACCUAUCUACCUAUUUAAAAUAAACAAGAGGGAGAGAAAGAGAGAGGAGGAUAUGCGGAAAAUGUACUUCAGAUGGAGAGCGUCCUCUAUUCCUCCGGUUCUGCAUUUCAGGCAUGUGUGCGCGUGUGUGCGUGUGCGCGUGUGAAGGACUCGACUCUCAAACCGUUGACCGUCACAACAGUGCAUGACAUCUCAAUUUCUCAAUUUCUGUUUGGGAGAUAAAUGGGUAAACGGAGAGAUAACAGCAGAGACGAAGAUGUUCCUCCUUAAAUGGAUGUCCAAAAAGUGGUCUGUUCUUUUCUGUAUGUCCUGUAGUUAUUCUCUUCUGCAUUCUUUAGCUGUCUGUAUACAGUAUAGACAUGAUGGAUGUACACACACACACACACAAUAUCUGUGUCUUUCUCUUUCUUUUGUGACUUUUGAGAUACAUUUGAGAAUUUCAGCAUCAUCUUGUGCACUUUACAUCACUCACAGCACCUGUGUGAGGUGCUCAGGUUCGUGUGUGUGUGUGUGUGUGUGUGAGUGAGAGAUUCUGCUAACAUUUACUGAAUAUAUCGAACCGUACUAUAAAGCUGUGUUUGAAGACGACGCUGUCGGUUGUGUACAACUCUGUGUCAAUAAAAUGAAAGAUAUCUGA